ACCCGUAUUUGGAGUUUCCUCUGGAGUCCGAGGCUGCGCUCCGUUGCGAGAAGCUUCGGAAGAUGCAUAUUGGUGAACACUUUGCGGUUUCGUGGAAAACCCUCCGGAAGCUUGAGGUUGAAGAUUGGGUGCGGGGGUUUGUUCCCGUUGAUUCACCGUGGGAUCGUCUGUUUGAGCUAUCAUUUACGCCGACCUACAGGGAGAUACUAGUCGAGUUUCUGUCGUCGUUCGAGUUUCAUCCUCGUCGGCCAAAUGAGGUUGUGGACCCCGCGCAGCCCCCUCCCCCGCCCGAGGUUUCUUUUCGCAUGGCUGGCCAGGCGCGCGAAAUGUCACUUGCACAGUUUGCGGUGCAUAGCGGUUUGUAUACGGAGGCUGAGAUUGCUACGGAUCUUUAUACGAAGGGGCUCGUAAUGAUUGAUAAACCCACGCUAUUAGGGUUUUGGGAUCUGAUCGCGGACAUCCGUCAUUGGGACCACCACCAAUCCAAGGGGAGGAGUACGCUGAUUGAGGAUCCGCUCUUCAGGUAUUUGCACAAGAUGAUUUCCACUUCGAUCACUGCUCGAAACAAAAGCCGGGAGUGGUGUACGAGUGGUGACUUAUUCUUUUUGUAUUGCCUCUUAUACAAGAGGCCGUGCGCUCUCGCCUACGGGUUUGGUUCAGUAUUUCGCCUCCGCGCAUCAUCGACAGGAGCGCGGAAUGCUAUUCGGCGGCGCUUACGUGACCAAAAUAGCCCAUUCGUUGGGCUAUCAUCCGGAGAACGACCGCGGCCGUGUAGGCCCGGCGGCACAGCCAAAGCGGAUGGGGAUGAACACAAUAAACGGGAUGCAUAUUACCAAAGACUUUCCAUGCGGGAAGCGGUUAAAGAAUCUGGACGGCACGCAAAACCAGCUUAA